AAGAGCUUAGUGAUGGCGGUCGUGCGGCCUGUAGUUCUCGAAUGAAUUGUUAACAUAUAGAUCAGUGAUACUUCACCUGAUCAUUUCAGCGCAAUAUGUCUUCAAAUCCUUCUAAGCCAAGCCUCAAAAGACCCGCUGAGUCAGAAAUCAACGAUGAAAAAGAUGACAGCCUGGACAAGGCGGAAGAACGUUUUCGGAUAAAAACUCUGGAUGAAAUUCGACUAGAAAAACGAAGACGCCUUGAAAAAGAUGAUGCCUCCGGAGAGGAACGCAAUGGAUCACCAACUGACAAUUCGGGAACUGCUAGCCCAGUAGAUUCAGCCAGACGAGAUCGGAAGCCUUCCUCGAAACAAAGUUCUCCGACGGUUCAGGGAACAGAAAGCGAAGUCAUUUACCAGCUUAGUCCUGAGCAAACUAGUUUGUCUUCAGCAUCAUCACCAAGUAGAACUCCGAAAAAGUUGAAGCAACCCUCAUAUCAUGAUGGUGGAACCAGUGGGGUCCAGGUGAACAGGAGGAGGAAAACAGAAGAAGAAGAAGGUGAAAUUGUGAGUGACCCAUCUGAUUCUGAAAGUAGAAGGAGUGAGAGCAGAUCAAGAAGGUACUCAUCUAUUAGUAAUCCUGAGGUUGAAGAGAAACAUGAAGCUGCAGAACAAAGAGGUAAAGAUAUAACACAAGAAAAGAAGACAGAUGAAUCAAGUGAAGAAGAGGAUUCUGAUGAAGAAGAAAGUGAAGAAGACACUGAGACAGCAACUGCCACCAAGAGAGUUCAGCAAGGGAGGAAGGAAAUGGCAGAGGGGAAGAAAGAAAGCAGUGUCUCUGAAUCUGGAAGUGAUAGUGAAGAGAGUAGUAGUGAUGAUGACGACGAUGAUGGAGAUGAGAAGAUGGAGGAAGCAGUUUCUAAGAGUGAGCACAAGGAAAGCAAAGCAAAGCAGUUGAGGGAACCUGAGUUAAAGAAAAGUGCACCAAAAGAGAUGGUUUUGAAGAAAAAUAAUGAUGAUGAUGAGGGUGAUGAAAGUUCUAGCGAAGAAGAGGACAGCAGUGAGGAGGAAAGUGAGGAAGAGGAAAGUGAAGAAGAUGAAAGUGAGAGUGACAGUUCAGAAGAAAGUGAACAAGAAGAAGUAAACAAAGAAGUUGUGGAAAAGACUGAAACCAUGAAGACAGAGGAGUUUGAAACAGAAGAUCUUCAUAAGGAAUUGCAACAGCUUAAACGUCAAAGACCAGGUGAUGAGAGACAUAGACAUAAACUGAAAACAGAGAGACAUCAUUAUGAAGAAAGAGAACACAGAGGAAAGGGACAAGGCUCCUCUGAUGUGAGGAGUGAUAAAGAAAGGGUCAGGGAGAAGGGAAAAGGCCAAGGAAAGUAUCAAGGUGAUACAGAAAGUCGACACUCACAAAGCAAAAGUAAAGGAAGAUCUUACGAGAAGGGAAGAUCUGAUCAGGUUGCAGUGGAUCUUAAACAUAAAGAAAGUCGCGAUAAGCACAGAUCAUACCCAAAGGAUAGCACUAAGCUGAAAUCAGAGAGACCAGAUGCAAGAGAAAAACAGUCUAAGAUGGAUGUGGAGAGAAGAAAAAAAGACAGAUCACGCAAGGACUCAGAGAAGCGUGUCAGGUCUUCUACUGAGGACUCUUCGAACCGUGAAACAAAAGGCAAAGAUAGGAAAAACUACAGUGGCAGCAAAAGGAGUAGUUCUGCUUCAGAGAAGAGUAACAAGGAAAGUAAAGAUGUUGAAGAAGAUGUUCCCCAAAAUGAACCAAAGAAAGAGGAAGGAAAGUCACUAAUCCUGACAGAUCGUGAAAGGAGACAGUUCACUAACGAAGUUGUUGACAUAGAAAGUGAGGGUAGCAGUGUGGAAGAUGAAAAACAAGGUGUUCCCUCAGAUGUUGAAAUGAAGCUUUCUGAUGGUGAACAAGAAGAUGACGAGGAAGAGGAAAAAACCAAACUCCCUCCAUACUAUCCAGCUGUUCGUGGCUGUAGGAAUGUGGAAGAGUUUCAGUGGUUGAAUAGAAUUGAAGAGGGAACAUAUGGGGUUGUAUACAGAGCUAAAGACAAAAGAACAGGUGAUAUAGUUGCUUUGAAGAAAUUGAAGAUGGAAAGAGAGAAGGAAGGAUUUCCAAUCACAUCUUUACGGGAAAUCAACACUCUUUUGAAAGCACAGCAUCCGAACAUUGUCACAGUUAGAGAAAUUGUUGUAGGCAGCAAUAUGGACAAGAUAUACAUUGUAAUGGACUAUGUUGAACAUGAUCUAAAAGUUCUUAUGGAGCACAUGACACAGGGGUUCAGAAUAGGUGAAAUCAAAACUCUUAUGAUUCAACUUCUACGGGCUGUGGCUCAUCUCCAUGACAACUGGAUACUGCACAGGGAUCUAAAAGCCUCUAACUUACUGCUCAGUAAUAAGGGAAUCUUAAAGGUUGGUGAUUUUGGACUUGCAAGGGAGUAUGGUUCUCCACUGAAAAACUACACUCCUGUCGUGGUGACUCUGUGGUACAGAGCCCCUGAACUCUUGUUAGGCACCAAGGAGUACUCCACCCCCAUAGAUCUUUGGUCCGUUGGUUGUAUAUUUGCAGAGUUAUUGACCAUGAAGCCAUUGUUUCCUGGCAAAUCUGAGAUAGACCAGAUCAACAGAAUAUUUAAAGAGCUUGGCACACCAAGUGACAAAAUUUGGCCAGGUCCUCCAUCGUAUUCAGAGCUUCCAGCAGUACAGAAGAUGACCUUCACUGACUAUCCUUACAACAAUUUGAGAAACAGGUUUGGAGCUUACCUCACAGACAAAGGCUUUGAUUUGUUAAACAGGUUCUUGACAUAUGAUCCAGGCAAAAAGAAAAGAAUUACAGCUGAGGAUGCUUUGAAGCAUGCAUAUUUCUCCGAAUCUCCCCAACCUGUGGACCCCUCCAUGUUUCCAACAUGGCCAGCUAAGAGUGAAAUGGCAAAAAGGCCCAAGAGAAAAGAUGUAGAACACAGUCCCAAAGCCCCUGAGGGAGGGGCUAUGUUUGCCAAGCUGGCAGAUGAGGGUGACAGUGGCAGUGGCAGCUUGGGAUUCCGCAUGCCAACUUCCCAGAAGGGAUCUGCAGCAGUUGCUGGAUUCACUCUCAAGUUUUAGUCGCCUUACAUUGUAUCUGUUUCCAGUUGACAUAAAAACCUAACAGUGUUUGUACA